AUGGGAGAGCCAUCAUCUGAUGAUAUCGAAAUCGAAACUAACUGUAAUGAAAUUAUCGAAACGUUCGACGAGCUGAACCUCCGCGACGAGGUUUUGCGUGGAAUCUACCAAUACGGAUUUGAGCGACCGUCUGCGAUACAGCAACGCGCGAUUUUGCCUUGCCUUCAGGGCCGUGAUGUGAUAGCUCAGGCGCAGUCAGGUACAGGCAAAACGGCUACCUUCGCUAUAAGCAUAUUGCAGAAAUUGGAUGUAUCCCUCUCGAAGUGCCAGGCCCUGGUUCUCGCCCCAACGCGUGAAUUAGCCAAACAGAUCCAAUCAGUUAUUCAAAAGAUUGGUCAUUUGUUGUGCGUGAAGUGCUACGCGUGCAUCGGUGGCACACGCCUACAACAAGAUAUUCAAGUAUUGUCUGAUGGGCAGCACGUAGUUGUAGGUACCCCUGGUCGCGUGUAUGAUAUGAUAGAUCGAGGGGCACUGACUACGGAUUACAUCAAGAUGUUUGUUUUGGAUGAGGCCGAUGAGAUGCUUUCGCGAGGCUUCGAGACGCAGAUCCAGAAUAUCUUUAAAUUCCUCCCCGAGACAGCUCAGAUAGUGCUUCUUUCGGCUACGAUGCCGACGGAGAUCCUUGAGAUCACAAAGCAGAUGACCAACGACCCCGUGAGAAUUCUGGUGAAGAAGGAAGAGCUGACAUUGGAUGGUAUCCGCCAGUUCUACAUUAAAGUUGUGCGUGAGGAGUACAAGUUUCAGACGCUGUUGGAUUUGUAUGCGUCAAUGUCGAUCACACAGGCCGUGGUGUUCGUGAACACAGUGAAAAAGGCUAUCGCCGUGAGCGAAGAGCUAUUAAAGAACAAAUUCAAAGUCUCUUGCAUACAUGGGGAUCUGCCUCAGGAGGAGCGUGAUGCAAUAAUGAGUGAGUUUCGAAGUGGAGAGUCGAGGAUUCUCCUGAGCACAGACAUCUUGGCUCGAGGUAUUGAUGUGCAGCAGGUGUCAUUGGUUUUGAAUUACGAUCUUCCCAGCCGCCGUGAGACCUACAUCCACAGGAUUGGUCGUGGUGGUCGAUUUGGUCGAAAGGGUAUAGCGAUCAACUUCGUUACUGACGAGGAUAUCCCCCAACUGAACGAGUUGGUGAAGUAUUACAACACUCAGAUACUGGAGAUGCCCUCAGAUGUAGUGGAGACGUUGUAA